CCUGGAGUGGAUCGCAAGCUGGCAGCACAAAAAGAACGUGUAUUUACUGUCUUCACCCUUCUCUUCUCCACUCUCACACUUUUCCUUCCCUUUUCAAUUUUCAAUAGCUAGCGACUCGACUCGAUCUCUCGCCCGCAACUCAACCAUGGCGAAUUUAGAUUCGGCGAUAGAGCAAUUGCUGAAUGUGGAGAAGCAGAUGAGGCUCGCCGGUGACGUUUCCGGCACCAGGAAAGCCGCCACCGACAUUCUGAAGCUCUGCUUUGAUGCGCGAGCCUGGAAAACCCUAAACGACCAGAUUGUCGUUUUGUCCAAACGUCGUGGUCAGCUUAAGCAGGCUGUAACAGCAAUGGUCCAGCAGGCUAUGCAAUAUAUUGAUGAGACACCGGACGUUGAAACUCGUGUAGAACUCAUCAAAACAUUGAACAGUGUAUCUGCCGGGAAGAUAUAUGUUGAGAUUGAGAGGGCUAGGUUGAUCAAGAAACUUGCAAAGAUUAAGGAAGAACAAGGGCUUAUAGCUGAAGCAGCUGAUUUGAUGCAAGAAAUUGCGGUGGAAACUUUUGGUGCCAUGGCAAAAACUGAAAAGAUUGCAUUCAUCCUUGAACAAGUUCGUUUGUGCCUAGACCGACAGGAUUAUGUCCGGGCACAAAUACUCUCAAAAAAGAUUAGUCCAAGAGUGUUUGCUGUUGAUGCAUCUAAGGAAAAGAAAAAGCCUAAAGAUGGCGACAAUCUUGUUGAAGAGGCUCCGGCAGAUAUACCAUCUCUGCUAGAGUUGAAGCGGAUCUAUUAUGAACUAAUGAUUCGGUAUUAUUCCCAUAACAAUGAUUAUCUUGAAAUUUGCCGUUGCUAUAAGUCAAUAUAUGAGAUUCCAUCUGUCAGAGAAAACCCUGCCGAGUGGAUCCCAAUCCUGAGGAAAAUAUGUUGGUACUUGGUUCUAUCGCCACAUGAUCCAAUGCAAUCAAGCCUCCUUAAUUCCACCUUGGAGGAUAAGAAUCUAUCUGAGAUUCCAAACUUCAAGCUACUUUUGAAACAACUGGUCACAAUGGAGGUCAUCCAAUGGACUACUCUUUGGGAUACAUAUAAGAGUGAGUUUGAGAACGAGAAGGUCUCUGGGAAAUCUUUGGAUGAAAAAGCAGCCGAAGAUUUAAAGCAAAGAAUAAUUGAACAUAAUAUUCUUGUCGUAUCAAAAUACUACGCCAGGAUUACAGUGAAGAGACUUGCCCAGCUUUUGUGUCUUAGUGUACAGGAAGCUGAGAAGCAUCUAUCAGAUAUGGUUGUGUCGAAGGCACUGAUAGCAAAGAUUGAUAGGCCAAAGGGAAUAGUGUGUUUCCAAACAGCGAAGGAUAGCAAUGAUAUUCUUAACUCAUGGGCAGCAAACUUGGAGAAAUUGCUUGAUCUUGUGGAGAAAAGUUGUCAUCAAAUACACAAGGAAACCAUGGUCCAUAAAGCUGUCUUAAAGGUUUAA